AUUAAUAGUACUCAUUUCGAAAACGCUCUCAACAUAACGGCAAAGUAGUAAUCUACUCAUUCAGUUGCUGGUGUUCCGAUGUAUAUAGGCGUCAUGCUAAAGCCAGUACUCCGUAAUAUUGGCUGCGCAACAAUGCGUUUCCAAGCAUUCAGAUCCUUCAGCGUUGCUUGCCGAGCGAUGACUGCCCAGGAAUCGAUCACUCCUCGAUCUCCGAAUGGCGCCCCGGAUCUACCUCCGAGUUCUCAACAACAUCCCACGAAAGAUAUUCCUCCUCUAGCACCCAAUCUGUGGAAGGAAGCUAAAAAAAGUUUCGCCGAAUCCAUCCCCAUCGCCAUGGGGGACCUGGGAACGACCUAUUGGGCACCGUUCUGGCUGAGGGAAAAUUGUCGCUGUGUCAAAUGCAUCCAUCCUGAGACUAAACAACGACUAGUUCACACACACUCGAUUCCUUUCGAUAUUCGCCCCGCAAGCUUUCGACUCGUGGAGGGGCAACAUCUUGAGAUCCAAUGGCCUGAUGGACAUUCUAGUACAUAUACAUGGCCAUGGCUUCAGCUUCACUGCCAACAUAAGCCUGGUGCCGGCCCUACGUUUAGGCCCUUUGAACAUGCCUCCGGGUCUCUUUCUCAACUUCCAAAAGUGGACUACGAUAGGAUCAUGAAAUCAGAAGAUGGUGUGAAGGCCUGGACUCAGAAAAUUCAUCAAUACGGUUUCUGUUUUGUCAAGGGUUGCCCGGUAGACCCCGAGGCCACGAAGAAACUACUGGAGCGAAUCGCUUUCAUCAGACCGACGCACUAUGGCGGUUUCUGGGACUUUACUUCGGAUUUGGCGAUGAAGGACAUGGCCUACACAACACAAGGUCUUGGUGUCCAUACUGAUAAUGCGUACUUCACGGACCCUUCUGGACUUCAGAUGUUCCACCUCCUCUCCCAUACAGACGGCGAUGGGGGUGAAUCAACGUUAGUAGACGGAUUUGAAGCUGCUCGCACCUUGUGGUCAGAAAACCCGGAUGCAUACGCAGUGCUAUCGAAUCCAAUUUUCAGCCAUCAUGCCAGUGGCAAUGAGCAUGUCCACAUUAUGCCUGCUAAAACACACGAAACUUUCUCGCAUAGGCAGCCUACAGGCGAGCUGUACCAGAUUCGGUGGAACGACGAAGACCGUGGUGCAAAUUUUACAGGCUCACAAGAUAGUUUACUCGCCUGGUAUGUUGCAGCACGGGAAUGGUCCCAGAUGCUGAAGCGACCUAAGCUCUUGCUCAAGUUUAAGCUAGAGCCGGGAAUGCCGCUAAUAUUCGACAACUGGCGGAUGCUUCAUGGCCGGACUGCUUUCACAGGAGCUAGGAGAAUGUGUGGUGGGUAUAUUAACCGAGACGAUUUCAUCUCUCGCUAUGAACUGCUCAAUAAAGGCCGAUCGGCGCUCCUGGAUCGUAUUUAGACGGAUUUCGGGCCCCUGAUUGCAGUGGCUGCGGGUUUGACCCAUAGAUGUACAUACAUACA